GCGGCGCAUUUUGAUCAACUAUCAACGAAUAAGUCCGCAAAAAAGACUAUCAAGCUUAUACUAGUCCGGCUUUCUACAAACUAACAAUUUGCAUUCAUUUCACAAAUCAAUAUUAUUAUAAUAUUUUAAAACAUUAUGGACUCCAACGGGGCUUUUCGUGGCCCAAAAUUGAGUAUCGCAGAACAUGAACCUACAGAAUAUGCUGUCCACAACCAAUCGAGUCUUGACGAAGGCGAUAAUUUGUAUGGGCGACUUUUGUCAACUGACAGCGGCCGUGUAUAUCGAUACAAACCAUUCGACAUCACAGAUGAUGACCCUUAUGAAGAUAUCAACGUAGCAGGCGGAAAGAAUAUUGCACAGGAACCCGGAAUAUACGAUUCAAUUGGACUGGAACGAAGUCAAGUGCUUGCUCUUAGAAUUCCAAAAGCAGCCGACACGAGAGCCAACCAAGCCGAAAGUUCUAUGAGCCGACAAAAUUUACCUGAGCAUCAAAAGCCAUCAAAUUUGCCAAUACAACCAGCACAAAAAAGGUACCAGGCAUCUAUUGGUAAUCCCGCGGUACAAAGUCAACAAGUUCGACCUCAUUUUUCCCAAAACCUGGCAGGCAACGCUCCCGCUAAUAAUUCGGUUGGUGUUAGAUUUACUGCCCAAACGUACAAUGCCCCUCCAUCGCAAACAAACAACAUGAACAACGGAACUAAUUCAAAUCAAGGGACCAUUAAUGCUACGGCGCAAUUAAAUUAUGAUUUAAUGUCCCAUAAUAAUCCAGUCGUGGAUAAUACAGUUUUAAGCGUGAACAAACUUGCGACGACUCAUAACAACCAGACCGAACGCAUGCUCCAAUAUUUCGACCCAUUAAAAGAUGGCGAACUGUCACCCCAGACAAAUUACACGUCUUGGAAUCAUAACUUAGAGUACCUAAACAUGGGUGAAAAUAAUAAAAGCGACUUCGGAGAUAGCUUUGCUCAUUUUGAAAACGCCAAAUUUGAGCAGGAAACCGAUAGUUCUCAAGGUCAAAAAUUUAUCCAAAAGGUUUCGAGCUCUAUUGGCGGAGGGUCGGCAACGGUAGGUCCAAGUGCAUCGACAAGUCCUGUUGAAAAUCUCCCUUCUAACGUCAGACGUCAAACCAUCGGCCAUCAACCGAUCAACUUGCAUGAACAGUCAAAGAUUCUCCAAAACCAGAAUGCACAAUCAGUCCUAAAUCAACAUCAACAACAACACCAAAAUCAACAACAACAACAACAACAACAACAACAACAACAACAACAACAACAACAACAACAACAACAGCAACAACAUCAACAACAACACCAAAAUCAACAACAACAACAACAACAACAACAACAACAACAACAACAACAACAACAACAACAGCAACAACAACAACAACAACAACAACAGUUUCAACAUCAGAGCGAAAAAUUAAGAGUUCAACUGCCUCCGAGAAACGGAGGGGGCAGUUUUGAGAGUAGCGACGAUGAAAAUGUCCCUGGAGGUCAAAUUGGUCCAACCGUUUUUACAAACCGAUCACAAAACGGGCAAAACUCACUUGAACAACCAUUUAAUCAGUUGAAUUUGGGACACAAUUUCACAGGUGCGGGGUUCAUUCCGAUGAGUCCGGUGCACAAUGGAACGCCCACAUCAACGGCUGCCAACAGUAUUAACGUCUGCGCAAACCUUUAUAACGUUGUUGAAGAUCCACCAACAUUUGACAAUUCGCGUUUCGAGCCGCCUCAGAAAACGGCCAUGGCCCAAAAUGCACAGCAAACUAGAAACCCAUCAGCCCCAAACCCAAACAACAAUCCACUGCCAGGUUCUGGCUCACGAGGUGCGAGAUCUGUGAGUGUUGGCAUAAUGAGUUCAUUGGGCGAUGGUUUCAUGCCCUAUCAGGAUCUGUGGAACAAACCAUACUUUGACAUGACGAUCACUCUCAAAGAAGCAGAGGACAAACUGCGUGAGCAGAAGAAAGAGGGCUGCUACGUAGUUCGAAACAGUAGGAGCAAGGACGGACUGAACUUCGCCAUCACUUUCUACUCGAAGAGGGUGGAGGGCACAGUGAGACACCUGAACAUCACUUUCAUCCCAGAGGCCAAACAGUGGCGACUGGGAAAGGUGGAGAGGGAGAACGAACUGCGAUUCACCAAGGUAUCGCAUUGCGUAGAGCACUACUUGAAGAAUGGAUUUGUGCUUGAAAAUGGAGUUGAAGUGCGACUAGAAAAGCCACUCAAGACCAAGAAGACCAACGGUGAUGGAAAAGGAGCAGCGAAAAUAGUGGGCAAAAUAUUCCACAAGUGAACCCAACUAGUUUACUGAACUAUAUUUUGUGGUCUGAUUCAAUGGAAAUAUUGAAACUGAUGCGAUGAUAUUUAACGGGGGCGUUCAACAGUGCCAAAUAAAAUCACUCCAAUUUUGGUGCCAAAAUGUCUGCAACUGAAAAUCACUGCACUGUUGAACAAAGUUUUCAUUUUCAGCACUGUUGAACUAUUUUUUCCGGCACAGAUGUACUUAGUUGUACUGCCCCUAUUUGACAAAUGAAGCCAUAUUUGACAUUAAAAAACUGAUGAUCCGAGCAAAUGUUAAAAAAAUUUAUAUUUUAUAGAAAAUCUCCACCAAUCAAUUCAACUAAC